UCAUUCCCGAUCGCAGAUAUAAAAUUGCAAAAGCCGACAACAUGCUAUCUUUGGCUGUGGUAGUUCUUUUGGCAUGCUCGGCCUUGGGUCAGGAUGGCUAUUCAAAAAACGCUCAUGGACCAGGGAACAACUUAGGAGGUUUCGGAGCAGGUUUCAACGCAGCGUUCGGAAGGAACUUCGACGGAUUUAAUUUUGGUGGAUUUCCAGGGAGUGUCCACGCCAGUAAAGGGUCGGUAGUCCCCCACACUGCUGUUCACCCAGGCAAUAACUUCGGAUUUUCCAGUGGGAAUGCCCGUGGCUUUCCCCUAGUUAAUAAAGGUUUCGGCUUUCCCCCAGUAAAUAACGCUUUCGGCUUUGCCCCAGUAAAUAACGCUCGUGGGUUUGUACCGACAGGAAAUACCCAUGCCGUCCAUCCGGCUGGAAACACACACAUCGUUCACCCAGGAAAUAACGGCCAUAUUUCCCCAGCAGGAAACAACGGACACAUUGUUUAUCCAUCAAGCAGCCAUGCUAGUCACCCGCAAGGAAACGCCCACGGCGUUAGCUUAAGAAAUAACGCUCACGUCAACGGCAAUGAAGUUUAUCCAACAAAUAACGUCAAUGGUUUUUUCCCGGCAGGAAACGCCCACGGCGGUUUUCCAUUAGGAAACACCUUUUCCCCAGUAGGAAAUGUCAACGGAGUUUAUCCAGGAAACAACGUCAAUGGUUUUUUCCCUGCAGGAAACGCCCAUGGAGUGAAUUCAGUAGGAAACGCCCAUGGCUUUUUCCCAGCAGGAAAUGUCAACGGUGUUUAUCCAGUAUCAAACAACCACGUUGUUCACCCAGCAGGAAACGCUUUCGGCUUUUCUCCAACAAAUAACGCUCAUGGCUUUGUACCGACAGGAAACGGCCAAAUCGUUCAUCCUGCUAGAAACACACACAUCGUUCACCCAGGAAAUAACGGCCAUAUUUCCCAAGCAGCAAACGGACAAAUUGUUUAUCCACAAAACAGCCAUCCCGUUCACCCGGCAGGAAACGCUCACGGCGUUAUCUUAGGAAAUAACGCCAACGGCAAUGGCAUUUAUCCAUCAUUAAACAACCACGUUGUUCUCCCAGCAGGCCGUUUCCUACGUAAUAACGCCCACGUCAACGGCAACAGGGUUCGUCCAGUAGGCAACGUCAACGGCUUGUUCCCAGCAGGAAACGCUCACGGCGUUCAUCCAGGCAACGUCAACGGCUUUGUUCCAGCAGGAAACGCCCACGGCGUUCAUUCAGGCAACGUCAACGGCUUUGUUCCAGUAGGAAACGCCCACGGUCUUCAUUCAGGCAACGUCAACGGCUUUGUUCCAGCAGGCAACGUCAACGGCUUUGUUCCAGUAGGAAACGCCCACGGUCUUCAUUCAGGCAACGUCAACGGCUUUGUUCCAGCAGGAAACGCCCACGGCGUUCAUUCAGGCAACGUCAACGGCUUUGUUCCAGUAGGAAACGCCCACGGUGUUAACCCAAGAGGAAAUGUUCAAGGCUUUUUCCCAGCAAGAAACGUCAAUGGCUUUUUUCCAGCAAGAAACGUCAAUGGAUUUUUCCCAGCAAGAAACGUCAAUGGAUUUUUCCCAGCAGGCAACGUCAAUGGCUUUGUUCCAGUAGGAACCGCCCACGGCUUUCAUUCAGGCAACGUCAACAGCUUUGUUCCAGUAGGAAACGCACCCGGCGUUCAUUCAGGCAACGUCAAUGGCUUUGUUCCAGUAGGAAACGCACACGGCGUUCAUUCAGGCAACGUCAAUGGCUUUGUUCCAGCAGGAAACGCCCAUGGAGUACAUUCCAACCCAUCCAGCCUAAUCCACGGACGCGCUGUCGCUCACCCCGUGACUGGAGUCGUUGGAGUACACCCAGGAUUCAACACUAACGUCUAUGGAGGUGGAGAAAGAGGUGCCUACUAACACGGAUUUGGACGUGUUGGAUCGAAAGGAGUGGCUGGACAUUAUUAAUAAGUGGUGUAAGAAUAAAACGUGUAUGUAUUAAAUAUCUUGUAAAUAGCA